CUCCCUGUCUCUAUGUCUCUGCUCUUUAUCUCCCUCAUCUGUGUGUUCUACUGAAGACUGCUGGUCAAUCUCAGCUCAAUCUCAAUCUCAUUCUCAACCUCAUUCUCAACCUCAUCGCCAUGGUCGCUACAGCAGGGAACUCGAUGGCACGCAAGCUGUGGGAGCCUCGAGAUCCCUCCAAGACAAACAUGUCCCAAUUCCGUAAAUGGGUUAACACAACCCGGGGACUGAAUCUACAGACAUACCGAGACCUCCACUCGUGGUCGACCGCCCGCGAGACCGCCGACGAGUUCUGGGUGGCCUUGUUCCAGUAUCUGCGCCUCAAGCCCUCCAUCACGCCCACCCGAGCAGUCGAGAAAGCGCAUGGCGGUCUCCUCUUCCCGCCCCCGCGCUGGUUUCCCCAAGUCCGCAUGAACUUCGCUGAACAUCUCCUCUUCGGCACCACGCGCUCCCCCGAGCAGAUCGUCUUUCACGCAUGCUCUGAAGGUGGCACCAACCUCCGCCAUGUCACCUGCGCGGAACUCUGGGCGAGCGUUGAGAAGAUGGCCGACGCCAUGAUCUCCGCUGGCAUCCGCACGGGAGACCGAGUCGCUGCCAUCAUCUCCAACAGGCCCGAAACCAUCACGUGCUGCCUUGCGGCCCUUUCAAUUGGGGCGAUCUGGUCGACGUCCUCGCCGGAUAUGGGCACGAAGGGGAUAUUGGACCGCAUGAUGCAGAUCAGGCCGAAGAUCGUCUUUGCCGAGAGCUCCGUCGUGUAUAACGGCAAAAGAAGGGAUUUAAUGGCGAAGCAUCGGGAGUGGACGCGGCAGAUGGCUUCGACGCCUGACUUUCUGAGAACCGUCUUGAUCGUGGAGUCCGCGGACGUCCAAACGGAUUUAGGGAAUGAUUUUGUCACCUGGGACGCUUUUCUGAAGAAGGGGGUUACAGGCAGGAAGCUCGAGUUCCAGCAAUUACCAUUUCAUCACCCGGGGUUUAUUGUGUUUUCCUCAGGAACGACAGGACCGCCCAAGUGUAUCGUCCACUCCGCAGGCGGUCUUCUACUCCAAGUGAAAAAGGACUAUGUUCUCUCGAUUGACGUCCGUCCUGAAGAUACUGUGUUUCAAUAUACAACGACAGGAUGGAUCAUGUGGGCUCUCGCCCUCUGUGGUCUGUCCUACGGAGCCAAGAUGCUCGUGUAUGAUGGCUCGCCCUUUAAGCCAGAUCCGACUGUCCUCCUACGCCUGGCCUCUCAGUUGAAAGUAAGUGUUUUUGGCACAUCUGCCAGAUACUUGACGGAUUUGAUGACCUUGGGAGUUAAACCACGUGACCUAUUUGACCUGUCCUCUCUACGAGUAGUUACAUCCACCGGCUCGGUCCUCACCGCAGAAGUCGCGGAAUGGUUCUACGACGUUGGCUUCCCCCCAGACGUGCACUUGGUCUCUUGCAGCGGAGGCACUGACCUCGCAUGUUCCCUGGUCAUAGGCGAUCCCACCAACCCCUUCUAUGCUGGCGAGAUCCAGACCGAAGCCCUCGGCAUGGCCAUCGACAUCCUCGACACCGGUGAAGAGCAACCCGUCUCGAUCAAGCAGUCUGGCCAGCCGGGCGAGUUGGUCUGCCGUGCGCCGUUCCCCAGCCAGCCCGUCGGCUUCUGGGGUGAUGCCGACAUGGUCAAGUACGGCUCCACGUACUACGAGCGCUUCGGCCCUCGCGUCUGGUACCAGGGCGAUUUCGUGAGCGUUGUUCCAAGCACCGGGGGUUAUAUCAUGCUAGGACGAUCCGACGGUGUUCUUAACCCCUCCGGCGUCCGCUUCGGCUCCGCAGAAAUUUACAACGUCCUCAACUCUUCCCGCUUCCCCGACUUUGCCGACACAGUCUGUGUUGGUCAGCGGCGCCCGCAAGACAUUGACGAAACCGUCGUGCUCUUCGUGAAGAUGCUCCCCGGCAAGACCCUUACCCCGGCUAUCACGAGCCAGAUCCGCGAUGCGAUCUCAAAGGCUCUGAGUCCCCGUCACGUUCCCAAGUACGUGUUCCAGGUGGAUGAUGUCCCGUAUACGACCAAUGGGAAAAAAGUUGAGUUUGCGGUCAAGCAGAUUGUGUCAGGCAGAAAGGUGAAGUCGACGGGGGCACUCGCGAAUCCGGAGUGUUUGGUAGGGUUUGAGAAAUUCUUUCACGUGGAGAGGCUGGCAAAGCUAUAGACAUAGACAUAGAUAUAGAUAUAGGGGUUGAUGUAUUAGAGUGUCGGGAGAGGUACUCAGGUACUGACCUGGAUCUCUUGCGCCUGUAUAGUUUACUCAACUCCCCAAGAGGAGCGGUACAUUUAAACUUUAUCACGGUC